AUGGAAGCUCUGCUUUCUGACGAAACUAUCGACGUUAACAGACAGGAUAAGAAUGGCCGGACCGCAUUGUCCUGGGUGGCGGGUGAAGGAAGAGAGAACAUGACCAGGGUACUUUUGGGACGCGGAAAGAUUGACGUGGACCUGGAUGAUCUUCACGGCAGGACACCAUUAUCUUGGGCCGCAGGCAAUGGACACAAUGUCAUUGUCAAACUACUGACAGACACAGGCAAGGCUAACAUGGACUCCGUUGACGAUAACGGUCGAACGCCGCUGUCGUGGGCAGCCGGUAAAGGACACGACUCCACAGUCAAGGAGCUACUUCUUGUUCUACCACCAAACAAAAGAACGAAAGAUCUGACUGGAAGAACGCCAUUAUCAUGGGCAGCUGGGAACGGCCACGAGGACACAGUUCGGGCGCUGAUGCAGUUCAGCAACUUCGAUCCCAACGAAACUGACGCCACCGGACGAACUCCUUUAUCGUGGGCCGCCGGUAAUGGCCAUCUAAUGGCAGUGGAAGAGCUAUUGAAAGCUUCUGAAAUAUCCCCGGGCAUCAAAGACGAAAAGGGACACACGCCUUUGUCGUGGGCCGCUAAGAACGGGUACGACCAUGUGGUGAAAGCCCUAAUUGCACGAAAGGAUGUCAACGUCAACAGCAAAGAUUUCAAUGGUCGUACCUCCUUGUCUCUGGCUGCCGAGAACGGUUGCACUUCAGUUGUCAAAGUAUUGUCAGCCGCAGAGGAUGUCAGGAUGGAGGCAACUGACAAAGAAGGCCGUACGGCAUUAUCCUGGGCAGCGGGGUGCGGGCAUCAUGUGGUUGUCAAUCAAUUAUUACAGACAGGCAAGGUAGAGGUGGACCGAAGGGACCAGAGAGGUCGCUCUCCGCUUGUAUGGGCGUCGAUCAAGGGACACGAUGCAGUAGUGCAAGAGUUGCUAUUGGCAGGCAUGGCGAGAGCUUCUGUCGAAGACGGGUGGGGACGCUCGGCUCUGUUCUGGGCUGCAAAUCGCGGCCACCAUGCGGUGGUCGAACUUAUAAUGUCACUGAGCAUCGUGGAUGAUGAAACCAAGAAAGAAUGGAGGCGUCGGGUGUUACGCAACCCCAGGUGGUCAAGGCACUGGAGGUCGUUGUCAUCGGAGUGA